AUAGGUUGAGCGAAGAAGGAAGGAGGCAAACUUCCGGUUUGGUGCGUUGCCGUUGAAUAGGGACCAUAGAACAUAAUUGAAAAGAAAGUGCGGUAGACAGUUGGCAUAACUGAAAGAGAAUUAAAAAAAUAUACAGUGCACCUCAGUAUUGUUUUUAGGACUUUUAAAUAAAUGUUGCGUAUGGUUAUAUGGCCUAGGGGCUUAGUGACGGAAGCAAUCGGGUUAGCUGAUCAGUCGUCGAUCGAUCGGUAUUAGGGAGUGCACGAGCUCUGCGCGCGGUUGAACAUGGGGACGAGAUCGAGCCGUUUACAUGAGGAGGCUGUUUCCUCGCCUUUCGAUAAAGAUGGCAUCAAGAGAGAGUCCUGUCGACGAAUCCGCAGCACCAGGCCCACCAGUCUUAUGGUGGAGUUCUCCGGUAGCUUCGACCAUGAAUCAGAGGCAAAGGAGGAGGGCUGCGACUCGGAUACCGGGCAGCAGGCGAGCAGCGACGGCAGCCCCGCAGAUGGCCACAUGUCGCCGUCGCUGAGCAGCCAGGUCUCGCCGACUGACGAGAAUGGAGGCGAUGAGAAACGCGAGGAGGAUGGCAGUCUGGGAGGCCCUGUCAACGGGGAGGAAAUGGGCCGUGCACCGCAGCGCACUUUCUCGGAGCGUUUGCCCGCUGGACGCCAUUCUUCCUGGAGCGGCGUCACUGCCAGGUCUGCACGGGUGAGAGGGACCAACGCUCGACCGGUGUCCGAGGCGUGGAUCGGCCUCUAUAGAGUCAACAACCGCCACGGUGCUAUUCGUUGCCCCUUCUGCACCAAGCCGUUCCCUGGAGGGCGGAUUGAGGACCACCUUUUAAGUUGUCUCACUUCUCCACCUCUUCCUUAUAACACGGAUGUGCUGGCUAAGGACAGUGGAGAGUGCUCUAUCUGUCUUGAGGACCUACUGCAGGGAGAGACCAUCGCCCGACUUGCCUGCCUGUGCGUCUACCAUAAAAGCUGCAUUGACACUUGGAGCAAAGUGAAGCCGAGCUGCCCUGAGCAUCCUUUUGAUUGAUUCAUGUGUCCAUGUGCAAUGACACUUUGACUCAGGAGACAAUACCCCCUGCAGGAGCAUAUAUUGUAUUAUGAGAGGAUUGAGAAAAAGACACAAAUGAACAAAACAAAUAACAAGCAUCAAAACCUUUGGCCAACUGGAUCAGUCUGGCUCGAGGAAGCCUGGAUUUUACUAUCUGAUGUGACUCUUGAAACUUGGUUUAUAUCUGCUCUAAAGCACCUGUCUGUAUGGCAGGUAUGCUCUGCUUGCCUUUCCUCUCUUAACUCUUUACUAUAAAGCUCAGAUUGAGAUGGAACCUUCACAUAAGAAAAAUUAUAUUUAAAUGGAGAAAAAAGUAACAAAUGGAACAUCUCUUCGUGGAUAUCUUGGUCUCCCUCUGUGGGAUGGUGUUUGGGUUUCUCAUACUAUUGAAACACUGUCAUUUUUGCUGGGUUUUUGGGCUUUGUGUUUGGUUUUGUGCAGCAUGCUGGGAAAACCGCAGCUGGUGUUGCAAUGGCUUGAACGAGUUAGCUACUUCCUGAAUUUGUUGAGUUUCUCGGGCAGAUCCUGGAUUAAAAGGAAUUAGUUGUACAUGCGUAAAUAUUGCACAGGAUUACAUAUGAGGCAUGAUGUUUUUUGUAUUUUGUAUUUUGAAUUAUACUAAAUGAUGUUUCGGGAUGUUUUCUUUAUUGGUUUUCCUUUUUUGUUACUAUAAAAACAUUUCAAAGGCAGAGUGAUAUUUCCCGUAGAUUCAUUAAAUUUAAAUUCAUGCUACCAAGUGUAGUCACUUUAUCCAUAUAAUUGAGGCAAAGACUAAACUCGCUCUUGUUAACCCAUUAAGCUCUUUUAAACCUCUUGGUCUGAAAGCUUUUGUUCGGUUGAACUGUACAAUGUUAACAGACCCAAGCAAUACUUCCACUAGUAGUUAGAUUAACGACUGUAUCAUUGGUUGCAGUGAAGUGUGUAUAAGUGUGUGCUCCUAUAUUUUGAUGCUGAUGACCUGACUUGGUUCAAGGCUUCAUGUAUUAGGCUUGGAGGGCAGGUUUGGCUUGAUUUGUGUGCAGGAGAUGAAUGCAGACUGUGAACAUUCUGAAAUAGGAAUAUGCUUUUCAGAUGUUGUAGACCUAGAUAGUACAAGGCCUUCUCUGCUAUGUUGUAUGCAUGUGAAUCAAGCCAUCUGUGGUGUGGAGAUGUAUGUCAGGCACAUUAACGCCAAGUGGCGCAUACCUAGUCUGAGGAUGGUGAUUUGGAACAGGUGAUAGUUAUGACAAUGUUAUUGGCCCCAUGAAUGAACAAUGAACAGGAGUAAAUACAGCGGAGAGGCAAUACUCUUGGGGGGGCCAGCACAGAGAUGCUGGUUAAAUAUUUUUAAAGAAGAUCUUUCAGAUGAAAUGUUUAUGGGGUUUCUUGAUUGUGGGUGUUAUGUUCUCAGUUUUAUUGUCUUGUAGUGUUCAGUUGGUCUGUUACCUUUUUGCCUUAUCUUGAGGGUUUAUAUUUGGAGCUUUGAUUUGAAAGAGGUUUUCUGAGGCUUGUCGGUAAAGCACUGAAGGUUGCUUACCUCAUCAGAGGGAUAUCAUCUCCAAUCGCUCCUACCUUUGAAAGUAUUGUAAUGUGUUUCCUUUAGAGGAGAGUCAAACGGUUCUUUUCUUUUUGAAAAUAAAUCGUUUGAGUCAAAGGAAAGAAUCAUCUUUACAGUUACAUUUGUUUAGUGUUUAUGGUGUAGUACAUUUUGGAGUGGACAGUGGAGGGAAGUGUUGUCAGAGUAUUUUGAAAAUCUUUUAAGCUCUGUAAGUUAGCUUUUGCCCUUUAACUUAAGUGGUGCCAUACCUCAAUAUUUCCAUAUUAACUAUACUAAUUUGAGCUUUGCUAACUCCAAAGGUAGUGUUUUUUUUCCUUCAAAUAUGAUUACAUUUACAGUAUAAAUACCAUAGAAAGUUGUGUAAUUAUUCAGUGCUAGGGUAGGUAUUUACCCUCUUGAUCCUGUGUUUUGACAAUGGUUGGUCAAAGAUGAAUGCGGUGGGAAUGUUCUUAUAAUGCGUAUAUUCACAUCCCCAGACACAGACAAUCUGCCUUCAUUCUGCUAAAGAACAAUUGAGUAUUUAUUUAUUAAAGUGUAAAUAUGUAUUUCAAAAUGGCUUUGUCUUUUGUUUGUCCAUGAUGUUGUUUCUAUGCCUAAAACUUUUGUAUGUCUGAGAAAAAAUUUUAUAUGUAUUUUUUACAAUAAAUAUGCUUGUGUGUGA